UGCAUUCACUUGUGUUAUUAAGCUAAAAUCACUACGAAAAUAAUUGGAAAGCUUAUCUGAGCCAACAAACGGGGCAUUAUUUAUGAAAUCCCGCAUUCUGGGCCACAAUUAAAUGUGCGUUUUGCAAUUGACCCGCCGAGAGUUAAUAUAGUUUUUAUUUGCCAAUCGCCAACGUGCAAAUGCAAUUAGCAAUUAGUGGCUUUGUUUGCUUUCCAUUUAAUUAGCUCUAAUGAAUAUGGCCUUCUGAUUUGCAACUUGUUGCUGCAAUGCCUAUAAUUGUUAUAUAUUUAAUAAAUUUAUAAUAUAUUUCGGUAGUUCGAGCGGAAUUUGAAUUGUAAUUAAGUUAUAAUAUAUUUUAUGCCAGUUAAUUAGUAUUUUGUAAGUACACUUCGUGCUCCUUUAUGGCAUGUCCAAUCAGUAAAUGGGAAAGUUAUUAUCUGUUUUACCUUAAAGAUCUGAGUUAUUCAGCUUGUUACUUCAGUUGGUUACACGAACCCUAGACCUUCGAAAGACCCCCAUGAUACUUGGCAUAAACGAUUCUUAUGGUGCCAAGAUGUUGCUAGUCUGUAAAUGGGGAACUUGAAUAGCGAGUGGUUCAGGUAGUCGCCUGCAUUGUGGUAAUUACUUUUGCCACGUGCGAGGGCAGCUGUUGCACGCACCUAUGCUGUUUCACUACUUCUCAAUAUAUGUAUCUGUAUCUGUAGCUGAGGAGGCGCCCCUCACACACAUGACUGCAGAUACAUAUCUCGUGCUUAUAUACGAAGGGGAUCUAUGUGGCGUACAUACGUAUGUCUUAUAUGACAACUGGCAGCGGAUAUAAUAUGGGGGAGAGAGCAGGGUGCAGGAUGCGGUGAGACAACUCCCCUAAUCGAAUAAUGCCAGUCGCACUCCGGACUCAGGACUCAGGAUUCAGAACUCAGGAUUCAGAACUCAGAACUCGGGAUUCAGGAUCUAUCUUUGCGGCUGUUUCUGUUGCUGUUACUGUGCUGUUCAGUUCAAUUCAGCUUACUUCAGUUUCUGCUGCUGCAUUUGUACGUUGGCUGUGUCACAACAAAGGACGAGACAGGAUCCUCGCAAACAGCUGACAGCUGUGUGCCUGCCGUCUCUCUCUCUGUCUCUGUCUGUGUCUGUGUGUGUUAUCCUUGUGCGCUGUCAUUGCCCCUGCCUUCCUUUGAGUAUCUGCAUCCGAGUAUCCUGUAUCCUUCGGAUACUGUGCAGCAUCCCCGCACUCUUGUCGCGUGCCGUCUGCCGGCGUUUAAGUUGAAAUGCCUCUUAAAUUUUCUAUCUUAAAUGGCCAGCCAGCCAGCUGUUGUGGGUGCCUCCAAUUUCUGGCUAAUCCGCUUGACAAAUGCCACCGACUGCGCUGAUUUGCUGCUGGCCAAAAGGCAAUUAAGUUGGCCGCCACAUAAGGACAACACGCGUGCAUCCAGCCUGCGGGCUCAAAGGCAUGUAUAUCUAUAUAUGUAUGCGUGUGGGUGGCGAGAUCCGGAUGAAGUUGGCCCGGGAACACCGCCUUUUGCUCCGUGUUCCUGUGGCAACCAAAUGUAACGGUCGCUUGGGCAACAGAAAUCCGGGGAGCGGCUGCCUUCAGGGAAGGUUUUUGGUCUGCACAAACAACAAGUAUUACUUUUACGAAGGGGCGUCGACAAAAAGGUACCCUUUAAAUGCAUAAAGUAUUUCUGCUGCUUUAAAGGUCGCAAAUCUAAGUGACGUAUUUAUUUUGUUUCAACUUUUUGAGCCAAAUGAAGCUGAGUUCCACUUUAUGACAGAAAUAUGUGCAUAUUAAACUAAACUCUUUUGUGAAAGCAUGCAUUAAAAGUUUGUUUCAAAUGCUGCCGCUAUACGGAUGCUAACAAUAUAUAUUAAAAGCCUGAUAUGUUUUCAACAAACCAUAAACUAUUUAAAAUAUUUCGGCAAAGAAACAAAGCAGCGGACGAACAAAAGGAACAAGAACAACUAGUUCUUCUAUAAAAAGAAAACACACCUUUAAGACAGUUAAAUUAUGUGGCACUUUCGGCGGUGACAAGGUGCUGAUAUGAUCUGCUCUACACUGGUUGCGUAUAAUCCAGUGCGGAUUUAAAACGCAUUCAUCAUACCCCUCAACUUGCCAACUAAGCGGUAGCAAAACAGAAUUAAAGUCGCGAGGGAGCGCAUAUGAGUUGGUAAAUAAGAAUUAAAAACGCUGAUAAAGCGAGCCGAAUGAAACGCCGGCUGCUCCUGCAGUUCGCCGGGGGUAUUUAGGUUUAGGUUUUUAGUUAACGUCUCGUCUCAGUGAAGUUGGCAGUGAAAUGCGUUUCAACCCCCGUUCGCUGAGCAGGAGCAGAUGUUUCUGCCCUUUCACAUUCACAUUCAUAUUCACAUUCACAGUGAGUUCCUCUGCGGCCUAAUGGAACGCGCCAAACACAGUCGGUCAUUGUACGGGUGUCUUGUGUUAUGUACAAGUAAAUGGUGUUUUGUGGGGUGGGGAGUAGGGUCGUAUCGGAGCACGAUCCACUCGACUGCGCGCCGGCGCAGGAAGUGGAGGAAGUUGAGGAGCUGCCGGCUGGAACGGCUCUCCAGAUCAGUCGAGUCGCAGUUGCCGAGGCGAGCGGAUCGUUAACCGUGAACAGUGAUCAACUACGAAGCCUGCGAAGAAUAAAACCCAAAAGCCACAACCCAAAGUAGUGGAAGAACACCCCUUAGCGGUUGUGCAACUACCACGAGUACAGUGCCAACGCCAACAUGUCGCAGCAUAACUAUACGAACCCGGCCUUCUGCCAGAACAGCGAGUUUUACCCGGUGCCCAGCGGCGGAGUGGAGUCCAUCUACAACAGAAGCCUCCAGAUGAACUUCGGAGCGGCUCCUCCGCGCGCCACUCGUGAUCCCCGCGAGGGUCCCCUGCGAAUGCAGCGUAGCAUGUCCACGCGAUCGGUGACGCGGAAACAACACCACCAACAGCAGCAGCAGCAACAGCAGCAGCAGCAGCAACAGCAACAGCAGCAGCAACAGCAGCAACAGCAACAGCAGCAACAUCUGCAGCAGCAACACUUGGCGCAGCAGCAGCAACACCUGGCGCAGCAGCAGCAACACCAGCAAUCCUCUAGUGGUCGCUAUGCCCUGGUUCCUCUGGAGGAACUGAACAGCAGCAGGGCCAGCAGAUACGCCAUCGUUCCCGGACAGGCGGCCCAGCGCUUGGCCAGAUCGCAGGAUAAUCUGGAUCGCUAUGGCUCCAGACAUGGACUGCACGAGGAGGAGGAGCCGCACUCCUUCCACGAGGAACCCCACCAGGAGACACAGUUCGCCAGCUUGCCACCCAUACUCAAUCUGCCGCCCAGGCCCAGGAAUAUCAACAACAACACCCAACAUCCCAAUCCCAAUCCCAAUCCAAACCAGAUUAAGCACGCCUUUAGCAGCGACUUUGGCAGCAAGACCUUCCUGAUCGUGGAUAAGAAUAGCAACCAGCGGUACCAGAUGGUGCCCACCGCCGAGGACGAGGAGCUGGUGGACGAGAACCAGGAGAUCAUACAGAUGCACAAUGGCCGCGCCCAUCGAUAUGCAGUGGUGCCCACGGAUGCGGACGACGAUGAGCUGGCCGAGGAGCAGGAGCAGCAGGAAACCUGCCUCAGCAACAUGGAACUGAGCAGGCAGUACGCUGCCAGGACCUCAACGCCGCAGCAAAAGAAUGCAGCUGCCGCCACGAGGGCGUUGCACGAGCUCCUGACCACGCCCAGGAAGAUGCAGCCGCCCCCGAGACUGGCGCACUCCACGCCCCGCAACGCCGCCCACCACGAGCAGCUGCAGCUGGAGCGGCGCCUGGAGAUCUACAAAAGCCAACAGAUCUACCAAAGCCAGCAGGUUGGCGCCGUGGUUGGAGUGCCUCCAACUUUACCCCUGCGCCAGAACCGACUCUCCCCCCAGAGGCUCCACUACGAGACGGUGAAGCCGCUGCCCAUGCAGAUCGCCGAUCGAUCCAUGGCCGUUAUCAGUCCCAGGGUGCAGGAGCAGGAGCAGGAGCAGGAGCGGGAGCAGGACAUGAGCAGCAUCCAGGGCAAGGGCAAGAAGCAGAACUAUCCGCAGAAGAUGGCCAAUGCCACCAUUACGCUGGCCGUGGUCUCCCUGAUGCUCGUGCUGGGCAGCACCAUGAACGCGGGGCUCAUCAUCUACAUGAUAGCACACCUGGGCAAGUCCUUUUACCUGCAGUUCAGCCUGGUGGCCUCCUUCUCGGGGAUGGGACUCGGCUUCCUGGGCUUCAAGUCGCGCCACUGCGAGUGGCUGCCGAACAGGAGCUACAGCUCCGGAUACAUCCUGGUCACCGUGUUCUGCCUCUUCAAGUCCUGCGGACUGCUGGUGAUACUCGUGGUGGAUCCGUUUCCGGGGUUUCCGGUCCACGAUGUGACCACUGGCGUCAUACUGGGUCUGUCCACCUUCACCAUGUUCUUUAUCGGACUGGGAGUGCUGGGCAGCUUGUGGUGCCACCGCCCGCCGCCAGACAACCGCGUCAACGUGGUCUAAUACCCUGCAAAUAGUUAAUGCUACCCUCUAAUUAGUUGUACACCAACACCAACCACUUGGACUUCAAGAACUUGACACACCGAACGGCUAAAAGACCAAAAACCAGAACUAGAUUUAUAAUCAGCGGAAGAUCAUCAUCCCCGAAACGCCUGUACAUAACAAGUGGGUUGUACCUAUUGCUAACUUUAGUACCUAUUGUUUAACUUAUUGUUCACCUUGAUAUAAGUAUGUUACGCUCUAAGAAUACAAUAAAGGCACGUAGA